AUUCACUGUAGGUUGUGUUGCUAAGAAGUUUAUCUCCUGACUUAGACGUCAAUCUUCCAUAAUGGCCGAGUCUCCACUAUACUUGUCGAGACCCACCUGUACCAACAAUCUCAUCAGCCGCUUGACAAGCUUCGACCGUGAUCCAAAGGAAAGGAACGCGUUAGAGGCAGUGGUUUCAAAGAUGAUCGAAAUCUUUAAGGACGAUAGAAAAUUGCUGUAUGUGCCGGAGGUUGCGGAGCUGUCAUCCGCAGUCAGUGGGAAAGAUUAUCUCGAAUUAACAGUGGCACUCUCUAAUACUGUUAUCAAAGGGACGUCCGACGGCAGCAUACUCGACGAGAAGCUCCUUACGAACUACGCUUAUUUCCUCCGGCGAGCUAACGGUUCUCUGUCACCAGCAACCACUGUACUCGGAUCAGUCCUAAUGAGCCUACAAAAGCGACUAGACGAGGUCAUAAAACAAGCUAGGAAUGGAACGCAAUAUCAGUUGCAGCUGGUGUCUACAGUGUCCGCUAUCCUGGACGCGAUGGUAGACCUCAAGAUCUAUGGUCUUGACCGGGUAGACUUGUACGAGCCCUUGCAAGAACAGCUCAAGUCGUUGAUGGAUCAUCAAGAGCUUCGCCUCGCCCAAGCUGCCACCUAUAGUCGCGAAGCCCUGCUGGGUCUGCCAAACAAUGAGAGUUCCUAUCAUGCAUUCUUGCGCCAUGCUUGUGCAGUUGCACGAGGUGCGGCAGGGGUGGCGGGAGCAGUUCCGACCAUGGAUCCGGCAAAAUUGAUGGAUGCUAUUCCGGACCUGAUGAAUGUGCCAGAUCUCAUCAAAUCCGUGGUCGAUGUCGCUUCCGAUUUUUACAACAUAUACGAUGGGGUAGGAAGCAUGGCAAAAGGCAUGAAACGUGUACCGAAGCAGAAGAGCUGGUAUGUGUCGCUACGGUACACAGAUAUGCUGAUCCGGUCUGCGGCGUGGCAAAAGCUUGAGGAGUUUAUCCGGGAAGUACCCUGUGGUCGGGAAGAGACAUUCUUGUGUGGCUUGUAUGCUCAGCUCGAGCAGGCCUGGAUCGCAGGAGAUUCGUCAAUCAGAGACCGCGUCGUUGACUCAAUUCAACGCAGCAUUUCUCAAGUAGGACCAAAACACCAUCGUGCGCAGGAAUGGGUCAAGCUGAUUGCUGACACUGUUGGUCGGCCAUCUUGGAAGAACUCCCUCCCUAGUCAUCGACACAUCUUGAGAAUUAGGAAGAAUCAAAAAUACGAACCCAAACUAAAGAUGUUUCCUAUAGAAAUUGGAAAAACUGGAAAUCUCCCAAGGCACUUAUUAAAUAGAGCAUGGUCCGAGUGUGAUGAAGCACAAAAGUUCUACGCUGACGCCUUUUUACGCGAGUAUUACACACAAGGACGACUUAAGAUUAAAAGGCUAUCUGAGGACCUGCUAGAUAUGGAGCAAUGCUAUAUCAACCUCGCGGUUAUAGAGCUGUCACAGAAUGGUGCUAAAAGGCAGCUAGACAAUGAGAAGACGGAACAGCAGCCUUUAGUGUUCACGCUCUUCACUUGGCUGAAGGUUGAGGUGGGCAACACGGAAAUAGAGGUGAAACUGCCUAAUCUGUUCAAGGACCAGAUACGUCCAGACGGCACUAUGUCCCGGCCUAAGCGGAUCUUAAUUCGAGGACGUGCUGGAGUUGGAAAAACCACCCUGUGCAAGAAGAUCGUUCAUGAUUUUCUAUAUAAAAAGAUGUGGGAGGAACUUUUUGACCGCAUCUUUUGGAUACCUCUGCGGAGUCUAAGGGGAAAGUCAAGCUUGGAGGAAUUACUUUCCCAAGAAUAUUUCUCCACGCAGAGGGAGCCUGAGUGGUUAGUUCAAGCACUAUGGAGAGGCUUAGGUGAUGAAAAAAACGAGAGAACCUUGUUGUUACUUGACAGUCUCGAUAAAAUCUCCGGAGAACGGAGUAUCUCCGGAACAGACCUGACCAAAAAAUUUAGGGGCCUAUUGAAUCGACACAAUGUUAUCAUUACCUCCCAGCCAUAUGCCAUAAAUAUACCGGGCCAUACUCCCUUUGACCUGGAACUGGAAACCAUUGGAUUUCAUAGAGACCAAGUGCAGGCCUAUAUAACAAAGGUUGUGGACAAAACUGACGCAGAAGCCAUCUGGUCUUUCAUCCAGGGUCAUUGGCUUAUUCAGGGACUGGUCCAAAUUCCAAUCCAGCUUGAUGCGUUAUGCUACAGUUGGGAUAGCGACCUGCGUUCUCGUGGUGUCCCAGAGACUAUGACAGCACUCUACAAAGCCAUCGAGUUAAGAUUAUGGAAGAAGGAUAUCCUGCAACUAAAGAAAGGAGAUGGAAGGGGGGGACUACUGAGCAAAAGUCAAGUCCAAAAAUUACAAAUCCAUUCGCAAAUCGAGUUCUUGGCGGAGAAAGAAAUUGAAUUGGUUGAAUUCUUCGCUUUUACUGGUCUUUACAACGACAUUAUCGAGUUUGACAUACGCUUUCGAAGUAGGAUAUAUACACAGCCUAGCCUUCGCAGCAUGUCAGAUGAUGAAUUAGACCGACUUUCUUUUCUACGCACAUCGGACCCUUCCUCGGAACGCAAGGAUCGGAUUUAUAAUUUUAUCCAUUUGACUUUUCAGGAAUACUUUGCAGCGCAGUAUUUUGUACGACGCUGGAUAAGUCGGCAACCUCUCCAAUGUCUCACAUUCGGCUUUCAGAAGAAUAUAGUAGAAAUUACUCCAGAAAGGCUCCUUCAGCAAGAAAAAUACAGCGGACGCUAUGACGUCUUUUGGCGAUUUGUAGCGGGGUUACUCCAGAGCCAAGAUGAAGAACAACUGUGUAGGUUCUUUCAAUUGAUGGAGGAUAAACCGCACGACUUCCUGGGUCCAGCACAUCAACGGAUUCUCAUGCAUUGCUUCGGUGAAGUGCCUCCAAACUCCGGCUUAGAGAAUCUUCGAACACUGAUCGAGGCCCAGUUGAAACAAUGGGCACUUUUUGAAUACAAGCUUCGGGGAGAAAUGACAUUAUGCCGUGAAAUGGAGUUUCCCAACAAUGUCUUGAUUAGUAUGAUGAAUGAAGGGGAGCCUAAAGAUGUAAAGAAUGCUAUCCUACAAGCUCUGCGGCAUCGAUCAAACUUCUCGGUUUGUCUCGUAAACCUGGUAGCAUAUCUUCUAGGACAGAAUGUUUCUAGCGACUUGGAGUGGUUUGCCAUUAAUGCAUUAGGCAGACAAACCUCUUUGCCAGACAAUAUUCUCCAAGCUAUAGUGCGUCGACUGGAGCAUUCUGAAUGGUAUAUAAGGCAGUCCGCCAUUGAUGCCUUAGACAAACAAGCCUGUUUGUCAGAUGAUAUUCUCCAAGCUAUAGUACAUUGCCUGGAAGAUUUUAAAGGGGAAGUAAGAGAGUCUGCUAUUAAUACCUUAGGCAAACAAACCUCUUUGCCAGACAAUAUUCUCCAAGCUAUAGUGCAUCGACUGGAGCAUUCUGAAUGGUAUAUCAGGCAGUCCACUAUUUAUGUCUUUGGCAAACAAACCUCUUUGUCAGACGAUAUUCUCCAAGCUAUAGCGCGUCAACUGGAGGAUUCUGAAGGGCAGUCCGCCAUUGAUGUCUUACACAAGCAAACCUCUUUGUCGGACGGUAUUCUCCAAGCUAUUGUGUGUCAACUGGAGGAUUCUGAAGGGUAUGUGAGGCAGUCCGCCAUUGAUGCCUUAGACAAACAAAUCUCUUUGUCGGACGAUAUUCUCCAAGCUAUAGUGUGUCGACUGGAGGAUUCUGAUAGCUAUGUGAGAUGGUCUGCCAUUAAUGCCUUAGACAAACAAACAGCUUUAUCAGAUAAUAUUCUUCAAGCCACAGUACGUUGGCUGGAGCAUUCUGAAGGGUAUGUGAGGCAGUCCGCCAUUAAUGUUUUAGACAAACAAACCACUUCAUCGGACAAUAUUUUCCAAGCUAUAGUGCGUCGACUGGAGGAUUCUGAUGAGGAAGUAAGGCGGACCGCCAUUGAUGCCUUAGAUAAACAAACCGUUUUAUCAGAUGAUAUUCUCCAAACUAUAGUGCGUCGACUGAAGGAUUCUAAUAGAGAUGUGAGGCGGAGCGCUAUUAAUGUCUUAGAUAAACAAACCGCUUUAUCGGACGAUAUCUUCCAAGCUAUAGUGUGUCGACUGGAGGAUUCUGAAGGGUCUGUAAGGCUCUCUGCUAUUUAUAUCUUAGGCAAACAAACCUCUUUGUUGGACGAUAUUCUCCAAGCUAUAGUGCUUCGACUGGAGGAUUCUGAAGGGUAUGUAAGGCAGUCCGCUAUUGAUGUCUUAGACAAACAAACCUCUUUAUCGGACGAUAGUCUCCAAGCUAUAGUGCGUCGACUGGAGGAUUCUGAUAGCUAUGUGAGGCAGUCUGCCAUUGAUGCCUUAGGCAAACAAACCUCUUUAUCGGACGAUAUUCUCCUAGCUAUAGUGCGCCGACUGGAGCAUUCUGAAUGGUAUGUGAGGCAGUCCGCUAUUAAUGUCUUUGGCAAACAAACCUCCUUGUCAGACAAUAUUCUUCAAGCUAUAAUGCAUCAACUGGAGGAUUCUGAAGGGUAUGUGAGGCAGUCCACCAUUGAUGCCUUAGGCAAACAAACCUCUUUGUCAGAUGAUAUUCUCCAAGCUAUAGUGCGUCGACUGGAGCAUUCUGAAGGGUAUGUGAGGCACUCCGCCAUUAGUGCCUUAGGCGCACAAACCUCUUUGUCGGACGAUAUUCUCCAAGCUAUAGUGCGUCGACUGGAGGAUUCUAAAGAAUAUGUGAGAUGGUCCGCCCUUUAUGCCUUAGACAAACAAACCACUUUAUCGGACGAUAGUCUCCAAGCUAUAGUCCAUCGACUGGAGGAUUCUAAUAGGCAUGUGAGGCAUCCCGCUAUUUAUGUCUUUGGCAAACAAACCUCUUUGUCAGAUGAUAUUCUCCAAGCUAUAGCGCGUCGACUGGAGGAUUCUGAUGAGUCUAUAAGGUGGACCGCCAUUGAUGUCUUAGGUAAACAAACUGUUUUGUCAGAUGAUAUUCUCCAAGCUAUAGUGCGUCGACUGGAGGAUUCUAAUGGGUAUGUGAGGCAGUCUGCCAAUUAUGCCUUAAACAAACAGAUCACUUUAUCAGACAAUAUUCUCCAAGCUAUAGUGCGUCGGCUGGAGCAUUCUGAAGAGGAUGUGAGGCAAUCCGCCAUUGAUGCCUUAGACAAACAAACCUCUUUAUCAGACGAUAUUCUCCAAUCUAUAGUGCUUGUGCUUUCCAAGAACACCUCCAGUACAGAUUCUGAAUCUGUAAGCAUGCUACUAAAGCAGGAUAACCUCUAUGAUAGUUUCCAAAAUUUUGAUGUGGAAACUUUGCGUUCAUUAUAUAGAUUAUUGGUUCAGCAAAGCUUUAGUGAGCAUUUAAGUUGCUAUAUGCAGGAUGAGACCUUCUAUAUUAACAUGCCAGAUCGACAAAAAAGGGUUUCCUUGGUGCAGAGCAAGGAUGUGUUUCUGGAUGUGUUUCGAGACGAGGCAGUGGCUUUGGGAAGGCCUCUCACGGCAUCAACAGAUGACCUUAGAUUGCGUUAA